UCUGCUCCAAUGACCUCUUCUCCUCGCUCGAGCUCUCGGUUAAGAUCCUCAAUCCAAGGGAAGAAACUGUACUGUAUAUCCAAAUAAAAAGAUGAUUAUCGCAAUUUCUUCUCGAAAUGCACGUCUUGAAUCACGUUGAAUCACCCACAAAACGUGUUUCCUGAGGAAAGUUUUCUUUGAUUUCUGUGCAUACCACCAAUACUGAUUUUUCAAAAGAUUUAUAUAUCUCAAAUCACUCUUCAUUCCCAUGGAGGUUCAAGCUGAAAUGGAGCCUAGCUCGUCCAUUAGUUUAAUCUCAGCUGUUUCAUAUGGCAUUGCUUCCAUGGCAAUGGUUUUUAUCAACAAAGCUGUUAUUAUGCAGUAUCCACAUUCCAUGACUGUUCUUACCCUACAGCAAUUGGCAACUUCUUUGCUUAUACACUUUGGCAGACGAAUGGGAUACACAAGAGCUAAAGGAAUCGAUUUGGCCACCGCAAAAAAGCUACUCCCGGUUUCGAUCUUCUACAAUGCUAACGUUGCAUUUGCUCUUGCAAGCUUGAAAGGAGUUAAUAUUCCAAUGUAUAUCGCCAUUAAGAGACUCACUCCACUCGCUGUUUUGAUUGCUGGGUUCCUCUUUGGUAAAGGCAAACCAACCACUCAGGUUGCUCUAUCUGUACUACUGACAGCUGCAGGUUGUGUAAUUGCAGCUCUUGGAGAUUUUUCUUUUGACCUUUUUGGGUAUGGUUUGGCUUUAACAUCUGUCUUUUUCCAGACCAUGUACCUUGUGCUGGUUGAGAAGUCUGGUGCAGAAGACGGGCUUUCCUCGAUCGAGAUAAUGUUUUAUAACAGCUUCCUUUCUCUCCCAUUUUUGUCCUUCCUCAUCAUAGUUACCGGCGAAUUCCCAAACUCUCUAUCUCUCUUACUUGCAAAGUGUUCUUAUUUGCCAUUCUUGGUGAUUCUCAUUCUUUCACUGGUAAUGGGCAUUGUCCUCAACUUCACCAUGUUUCUUUGCACCAUUGUGAACUCUGCACUAACAACAACCAUCGUUGGUGUCCUCAAAGGCGUUGGUUCCACUACUCUCGGUUUUGUCCUCUUGGGUGGUGUUGAAGUACAUGCUUUGAACGUGUCCGGUUUAGUGGUCAAUACAGCUGGUGGUGUGUGGUACUCAUACGCCAAGUACCGACAGAAAAAGGCUAAACCGGCUAAGCUAAUGUCUGAUUUGGAAGCUCACAAAAAAUGAGACUCGAGAUCUGAUUUGUAUUUGAUUGCGCGUCACAUAUGUCCUUUGUCACAAAAAAGUUGUAUUUCUGAUACUUGUUGGGUUUGGUUAUCUCUUUGGAAGUGGAAGGCAUAGUGGGGGUUAUAGUCUUUGCCAUUCAAACCAAUGAUCCGAAAGAACCGAAGUAUUAGAUAGAAGUUGAACCAGUAAAACCGGUAUAACAAGAAACUUUCAAGUUU